AAACCAUCGUUUAAACGGUCCAGAUCGACGGGAUCUGAUUGGGAUAAAUUGUGAUGAUAUACGGAAGGAAGGUGUGGUUGGCGGGGAGAGAUGCAUGCGUCCACUGUUCUCUGCUGGCUUCCUCCGGCGGCAUCGCGUCGCGAUCGUGGCUCUAUCGGCGCCUCCGAGUCCGCGGCCGAGACUGACGGGAUCAGCGGCUAUUAACGGCUCGGUACUCUCCAACUCGACGGCGGUGGCGAGGAUGGGGACCGGCCGAGGAGACCGCAGGGAUCCGAGUUCGAAUCCGAAGGUUGCCAGGCUCCGGGAGCUGAUGGCCAGCGAUGCCGCGAGUGGUUGGGAAAAAUCCUGGGAGGAAGGACUGACUCCAUGGGAUUUGGGACAGCCAACACCGGUGGUUCAACAUCUUGUUCGAAGAGGAACCCUCCCAAAAGGAAGGGUUUUGGUUCCUGGAUGUGGCAGUGGAUAUGAUGUGGUUACUAUUGCUGGUCCUGAGCGAUAUGUAGUAGGCUUGGAAAUAUCACAUAGUGCUGUUAAGAGAGCCAAAGAGUGGUCUUCCUCUUUGCCAAAUGCAAAUUAUUGCACCUUUCUGGUAGCAGAUUUCUUCACUUGGCAGCCGACUGAGUUGUUUGAUCUUAUUUUUGAUUACACAUUCUUUUGUGCAGUUGAUCCAUGCAUGAGGGCAGCUUGGGCAAGAAAAGUUAGAGAUCUCUUAAAACCAGAUGGAGAGCUUAUUACACUGAUAUAUUUGAUUAGUGAUCAAGACGAAGGACCACCAUACAAUGUGACUGUAGCUGACUAUGAGAAGGUAUUGAAUCCUGUGGGUUUCAAGGCUCUUUCGAUUGUAGAUAAUGAUCUGGCAGUUGGGCCACGCAAGGGAAGGGAGAAGCUUGGAAGGUGGAAAAGAUGCAUAAACCAAUCAUGCCUAUGAAUGAAGACAUAAUCAGGAGAUCUCUUAUCUCUCGAUAGUUAUUUGUAAAUUGUAAUAGGCUACCUGUUUUCUCCAGAAAUAAAUUGUCUGAACAUAAGUCCCUGAUGUGCAGGGAAAUUCCUUGAUUGGCAGUAAUAUGAAAUCUUCAAUUUCAUUGUGAACAGAAGCAUCAAUACACUCAUUUAGCUUGCAAGACAGCAAAGUUGUAUGACAAUUUGAAAUACAGGACGAUGAUUCUCGAGUCAAUUCUUUAUGUUCAUUGAUUAUUUUCA